AGAAGUAUAUCAGAAAUCCUCACAGCUACUAUAAAUUAAGAAACAAGAACUUGAACUUGUACCGGGUUUGCAUCAAAGCAGCUUUCUUACCAGCUCUAUAAGAUCUCUUCUGAUUUUCUAGUCAAGGCAAAGUAACAUCUGGGACAUGGCUCCAGAGAUCUACAUGCCGGACCCUGUGUGUCUCAUUGAGAACACUACGGAGAAACUGACGGUUAAUCCAGAAGCUUUGGAGAUCCUGUCUGCUAUUACACAACCUGUGGUGGUGGUGUCUAUCGUGGGCCUCUACCGCACAGGCAAAUCCUAUUUGAUGAACAAACUGGCUGGGAAGAACAAGGGCUUCUCUGUUGGCUCCACGGUGCAGUCUCACACCAAGGGAAUCUGGAUGUGGUGUGUGCCUCAUCCCAAGAAGCCAGACCACACUUUAGUUCUGCUGGACACUGAAGGUCUGGGAGAUGUAGAGAAGGUUGACAAGAAUGAUACCCAGAUCUUUGCACUGGCAAUCCUCCUGAGCAGCACCCUUGUGUACAAUACCAUGCACAACAUUGACCAGGGGGCUAUCGACCUCCUGCACCAUGUGACAGAACUGACAGAUCUGCUCAGGACAAGAAACUCACCUGACCUCGAUGGGGCUGAAGAUGCUGCUGACUCUGGGAGCUUCUUCCCAGACUUAGUGUGGACUCUGAGAGAUUUUUACUUAGGCCUAGAGACAAAUGGGAAACUUAUCACAGCAGAUGAAUACCUGGAGAAUUCACUGAGGCCAAAGGAAGAUAGCAAUCAAGGAAUUCAGAAUUUUAAUUUUCCCCGUCUAUGUAUACAGAAGUUCUUUCCAAUAAAGAAAUGCUUUAUCUUUGACUCACCCACUCACCGAAAGAAGCUCAGCCAGCUUGAGACACUGCAUGAUGAUGAGCUAGAUUCUGAAUUUGUGCAGCAAGUGGCAGAAUUCUGUUCCUACAUCUUCAGUCAUUCUAUGAUUAAGACUCUUCCAGGAGGCAUUAAGGUCACUGGAUCUUGUCUAAAGAACCUGGUGAUGAUCUAUGUCAAUGCCAUCAGCAGUGGGGAUCUUCCCGGCAUGGAGAACGCAGUCCUGUCCUUGGCCCAGAUAGAAAACUCAGAUGCAGUGCAAAAGGCCAUUGCCCACUAUGACCAGCAGAUGGGCCAGAAGGUGCAGCUGCCCACAGAGACCCUCCAGGAGCUGCUGGACUUGCACAGGGCCAGUGAGAGAGAGGCCGUUGAAAUCUUCAUGAAAAACUCUUUCAAGGAUGUGGAUCAGAAGUUCCAGAAGGAAUUAGAGACCCUACUAGAAGCAAAGCGUAAUGACAUCUGCAAACAGAACUUAGAAGCAUCCUGGGAUCGUUGCUGGGCUUUACUUCAGGAUGUUUUUGGUCCUCUAGAAGAAGCAGUGAAGCAGGGGAUUUAUUCUAAGCCGGGAGGACAUACUCUCUUCAUUCAGAAGACAGAAGAGCUGAAGGCAAAGUACUAUAAAGAGCCUAGGAAAGGAAUACAGGCUGAAGAAGCUCUGCAGAAAUAUUUAAAAUCCAAAGAGUCCGUGAGUAAUGCAAUUCUACAGACAGACCAGGCUCUCACAGCAAAGGAAAAGCAGAUGGAAGAGGCGCGUGUGAAAGCAGAGGCUGCAAAGGCUGAAGCACAAAGGUUGCAGGAGCUUCAAAGGCAGAACCAGCAAAGGAUGGAGGAGAGGGAGAGACUCCAUCAGGAACAAGUGAGACAAAUGCAGCUAGCCGAAGAAAAACAGCAGGCAGAGCUACGGAGGAUGCAGGAACUUCGGAUGCAGAAAGAGGCUGAAGACCGCAAAGCGGCAUUGGAAGCUGAAAUCAGAUGUCUCCAAAAUCAGGUCCAGCAUUUCCAGGCUAACUCAUCGAAUGAUCAGUGUAUCUUACUCUAAAGUCUAAGCACUGGAGCUUCCCUUUCUUACUCUUUUGCACUGAAGACACAAAGGAACAAGAAAUUAUAGAACUUGGAACAAUCAACAUUUAAAUAAAGUUUAUAAUUAUUACAUCAAA